AUGAGAAACUACGACAAACUACAACAGAAAUCCACGGACGAAACAUUGACGCUGGACAGGCGACGGACAGUGGUCAACCUCUCCAGCCACACCUUGAGCGAAGCAACCACAGCAAUUCUGGCCAAGGGGAUGAAUUUCGCAGUCGCACCUAAGCGAGUUCCAAAAGAAGAUGUCAUAGAAUCCGUAGAGGCUUCGGUACGUCAUCUGCCACAGGCCGAGGCGGAGAAGAUCCGGCAGGAUACGGUCAGAGUUCUGAAUAAAGCAAAGCCACCGAAGCAAAACAUCAACGUUGAGGAAUACCAUGCCAUCAAGGAACUCAGGGACAACCCUCACUUAGUAGUGGUACAGGCAGAUAAGGGCAACGCCUCUGUAGUCUUGGACACAACUGAUUACAACAAACGAAUGGAAGAUAUUCUCGCAGAACCUAUCUACAAGAAACUUCAGGGAGAUCCGAUGGCCAAGAGUCUGAAGACGCAAGGGACAAGCAAGUUUCCUGUGAAUCCCAGCUGCCAGGGCCGGAAUGUUGUUGUUGACAGUGGCGAGCUUAGUUAA